GAGCAGCCGAGCUGCCUCGUCUUUAACCGGAGACCGACCAAGCGGCUGAGAGGCGGACGAUAACAGCAUCCGUUGCUGUUAUUCAGCCUUCACGCAUCUCAAUGAACCGCACACAUCCACACCACUGAUCGUGCCUACUGCUUCUCGCAGGGAGGCAAUCUUUUUUACUCAUCCCCCCUUUACCAGACACACCUUUUCUUAAACAUUUCAAGGUGCGCGUAGCCUACUUUUUUGUAAGCCUCCAACCAUGGUGCUCGGGAAGGUAAAGAGCUUCACGGUCAGCUACGACUGUCUCAAUGACAGCAACGUGGCCGUGUUCUCCAGCGGGGACUGCGUCUCAGGGAGGGUGGUCGUCGAGGUGACGGGCGAGAUCCGCGUCAAGUCCCUCAAGAUCCACGCCAAAGGCUUCGCCAAAGUUCGCUGGACCGAGUCGCGGAACGCCGGCUCCAACACCGCCUACACGCAGAAUUACACGGAGGAAGUGGAAUAUCUCAACCAUAAAGAUGUUCUCAUUGGACACGAGAGAGAUGAUGACAACUCUGAGGAAGGACUCACCACUAUCCAUUCAGGAAGACACGAGUAUGCAUUCAGCCUGGAGCUUCCACAGACACCUCUGGCUACCUCUUUCGAAGGGAAGCACGGCAGUGUGCGCUAUUGGGUGAAGGCUGAGCUCCACAGGCCGUGGCUGCUGCCCAUCAAGACCAAGAAGGAAUUCACAGUCUUUGAGCACAUUGACAUCAACACUCCGUUACUGCUGUCACCACAGGCCGGCACAAAGGACAAGACACUUUGCUGUUGGUUCUGCACCUCAGGUCCAAUUUCCCUAAGUGCCAAAAUUGAGCGGAAGGGGUACACCCCAGGAGAGUCGAUCCAGAUCUUCGCCGAGAUCGAGAACUGCUCGUCCCGCAUGGUGGUGCCCAAGGCGGCCAUCUACCAGACGCAGACUUUCUAUGCCAAAGGGAAGAUGAAGGAGGUCAAGCAGCUGGUGGCCAACCUGAGGGGCGAGUCGCUGUCCUCGGGCAAGACGGAAACCUGGAGCGGCAAAAUGCUGAAGAUCCCGCCCGUGUCGCCCUCCAUCCUGGACUGCAGCAUCAUCAGAGUGGAAUACUCGCUCAUGGUGUAUGUUGACAUACCAGGCGCGAUAAACCUUUCCCUGAACCUGCCGCUGGUCAUCGGAACCAUCCCCCUGCAUCCCUUUGGCUCCCGCACAUCCAGCGUGAGCAGCCAGUGCAGCAUGAGCUGGCUGGGGAUGGGUCUACCCGAGAGGCCCGAAGCUCCUCCAAGCUAUGCAGAAAUUGUGACAGAAGAGCAGCGGCAGAGCAGUUUGGAUGUGCCGGCAGCUCGCGAGGAUCUGGAUGGACCUCUGUUUGCCUACAUCCACGAGUUCCGAUUCCAGCCGCCCCCUCUCUACUCAGAGGUGGAUCCAAACCCCGACCAAGCCGACCGUCCAGAAGUGCGCAGGCCCGACGCCUGCCCGUCACGCUGAGUUGUCGUCCUCAAAAUUCCCUUGGCUGACUUGGGAACCCAAAGAAACCCGCACAAGACUCCACGUUGUCCAUUCUUCUCUUAAAACGGUGUCGUCGACGACCAGCGUGAGAAAUGCGAAGGAUCCAACCAACCAACCAACCAACAAAGACUGAGUUGGGCAAAUGUGUUCCUUCAGUGACACAAAAGGAGAGUCGCUGUUUUGGUGGCUCGCUUCCUCGCUUAGAGUAGGGACAUUUUCCAUCUUUAUGGCGAGCCUUUUGUAGCGAGGAAGAGUGCAAAGUUGUGGCACAUAAGGACACCAGGCUUCACCAGUCACGUCCGGACUGCAUUAGAGAGAGAAGAAAAAAAAAAAACAAGGCCAUCACCCAAGAUGUGGACGCCCUCGACGAGCGCGCCACCGACGAGAGCGAGAAGUCCUCCUGCCUCAUUUUGGGAUUUUGUUUUUGCACAUCUUGACUGGAGUGGCCCCUGUUUAAGCGCUUGCUUUUCCAGACUGUGGGAGAUGCAAGACUGAAGAAAAAAAAAAAAACAAGACAAGAACAAUGCACUGAUUUUGUGUUUCUUUAAAAACUGUUAGUUUUUGUUGUUUUUUCUUUGACAUUUCCCAAAUGACUUCUGACAACUGGACUUUUAUUUUUAUUUUUUAAACACCAACAAAACCAACUGCAGCACACUUUUGUCUACCUAGAAGCUCUUUGAAGACGUUGCCUCCUCUGUUUGGAUCCAGUAUGGCUUUCCUCCUUUUGUUCGAGCCGAUCAUAGAAUUAUUUGUGUGUGUGUGUGUAUGUGUUGGGGGAGUUUGGAGUUUUGCAGGCCUCAUUUUGCUACUAAAACGGGGAGACUUUUUCUUCCUCAACGUAUGCCUGCCGCCCUUCUUCUCCUUAUCUCUCUUACUGCCCGAAAAGCACUGUUUCAUGUGCGACCAUAGCAGAAAAGAAAAAAAAAUAAUUGCACUGUUUAGAAUCAUGAAAAGUUCUGUUUGUGUCAUGCUAGCAAAACUAUUUAGACAAAUGACAUGCAGAUGAGCUAGGCAGCUUUUGUAGACACAUUCCCUUUUUGUCCUGCUGCACUUGCUCAUUUUUAUCAGACCUGUGAAGCCAGAAUGCUUUAUUUCCAAAAAAAAAAAAGAAAAAAAAGUCGAGCACUGACGCCGCUUCGAGUUUGAAGAAGCAAACCCAAAUGCGCAGUCUGGUCGGAACAAGUAGUCGUAGGUUGACAUGAGUACUACAUUGGUUUUCUCACUCAUUCAACACAAUCGGCCAGCUGUAGCAAUUUUGGGUUUGUCAGGAAAUAAGAUGCGCAGCACUUUUGUAUUUAAACAAUAAUAAUAAAAAUAAAAAAAAGCAUUACAUGGUGAAGGUCUGGAUUUAAAAAAAAAAAAAAAAAAAGAAGGUACUAAUCACGUUUCAGCUAAGCAGUGUUGUGUAGGACGUCGGAUGCGUUAUUUAAUCUUGAAUGAUGAGUUUACAUUCUGUGGCGUGUGUGUGUUUGUGUGCACGUGUGGAGAUCCCGUCGACAACCGGAACGCUUCUGACGACCAAGUGACAAGUUGCAGAUCAUUCAAGUGAUCUUAUCUUUGUGGCCUUGGACACAGAAAAGAUCCCCUCCCAGCCCCGCCCCUCCCUCUCGGUAAUUCUUGUCACCCUUUCCUUCGCCUGUAUGUUUUCGAUUCCAUUCAAAAGGACAAAAAGGGAAAAGCAAGUCCUUUUUAGAAGCAAGACAAGACAGCCCAGAGAGGCCUCCUAAUUCCCCCCCCCCACCUAUACGAGGGCAUUGGUGUAGUUUAGCAGACAACCCACCCGGUCGGUCGGUCGGUCUCAGGCUGUUGAUCAGCCCUCCUCCUCUGAGGGAGAUGUAAACUGCCUUCUCCACUUUUUGUUGUUGUUGUAUUUGUUUGACGCUUUUAUGUUUAACAAUGAUGAAUAAGCUGACAUAUUUGCUCCACGCCCGGUCGAUUCCGCACGAGCCGGCCGGCUUGAGUAAGUCCAGAAGUAAGAUUAAGCUGAUAAAAAGGCAGGAACUGAAAUGUUCAGAAAACAAAACCGAAUCGGGGAGAUGACGUCUGAAACAUUUUAGAAA